UCGCCACCGUGAUUGGUCCGCGAUAUAUCGAUACCGGAAAUUUCAAUUGUCGUAAAGGACAAAACACGAGUUUUCAGUAGAGCCAAAAAACCAAAAAAUAAAAUGUUUUUGUGUCAUAGCUUUGUCAAACAAAGAGCCAUAUUUAUGAUGUAAAAAGAGACUCUAACUAUUUUUUUGUGAUCUAUCCUUAUAAUUUAACCAAAUAAUCGCAACUUAAUUAUUGACGAAAAUGGGCAUCCUUUAAGGUCAUAGCUCAUUAGAGCCACCCGGCACCCACUCCGCACCGCCUCGUCGCACGGCGUCAACUCGUUGUCGACAGGUGGUCCACGGGUGGACACCGUGUUAUCACCAAUAAACGUCGCGCGGUCAACCAGUGGACCUCGCAUCGUCACCCAGUGGACCCCGCGCUGGCCGCUGGUGGACGCCGCGUGGUCUACGACUGGAGACCGGUUAGUCCAGGAAUUUUCGUGUAGUCUGUUAACAAUUGGCACUACGUCUACACGUGCGCUUCAUAAUGUUAAAUUUUACAAACCGUGAAUUGGCACUCAUAGCUGUAGCGCUUGAUGCAGAAGAAAAUGAAAGACCCAAGAGAAAAAGGAAAGCUUAUUGGGUGCACGAAAUGUUUAAACAAAGAAAAAAAGAGGGCGAAUAUUGGACAGCUCGUAGGCAUUUGCUAGCCGACGAGAAAAAAUUUUUUUCCUACUAUCAUAUGCCGCAAAGUGUGUUUUAUAACAUACUGUCUCAUAUUGAAGACUCCAUAUCUAAGCAAAACACAAGAUUCAGAGAAGCGAUCACACCCGAAGAGAAAUUGGCUGUGACUUUAAAAUAUUUGACGAGUGGCACUUCAGUCAGAAAUUUAUCUACAAGCUUUAGAUUAGGCGAAACAACUAUUAGGUCAAUAAUUAAGGAAGUGUGCAAAGCUGUUAUUGACAAAAUGAUGAGUGUUUAUAUGCCAACGCCUACAGCUGAAGAUUGGGAAAAAAUUACGGAAGGGUUUAAUGACAGGUGGAAUUUCCCAAACUGCAUUGGUGCCAUAGAUGGCAAGCAUAUAAAUAUAAUAGCUCCACCCAACAGCGGAUCGCUCUACUACAACUAUAAAAAACAUUUUUCGAUAGUUCUCUUGGCCAUAGUCGAUGAUAGAUACAGAUUUACAGUUGUUGACAUCGGUGCUUAUGGCAAAAACAGCGACGGUGGUAUUUUUGCAUCUUCAAAAAUUGGAAAACGAAUUCAAAAUAAUAGGUUCAAUAUUCCAAGUGACAAAGCAUUGCCCGGGACAAACGUAGCACUUCCACAUGUUUUCGUGGGCGAUGAGGCAUUUCCGUUACAAAAGAACAUAAUGAGGCCAUAUUCUCGUUCUCAACAACUAUCUCAGGACCAAAAAGAAUUUAACAAUCGCCUGUCACGCGCACGCAAAGUAGUCGAAGAUGCAUUCGGAAUAUUAUACCAAAAGUUUGAAAUAUACAAUAAAAAUAUUCGUUUAAAUCCAGACAUGGUUGAUAAUGUUGUUUUGACAACAUGUAUAUUGCAUAAUGUAAUGCGAACUUAUAAUAUCGAAAGUAACGAAGAGUACUGUUCCAGACCCAGGCCAGCGCAUCAUAACCUGCAUCAGGAGGCGUUCAAUGAUCUACGUCACAUUGGUGGAAACACUACUGCUGCUUUCAAAUCAUCGGUUGGACAGCUUCCAUGGAAUACUUAA